GAUCAUUACAUAAUAUCAACGAAGAUUACUCAAUAUAAAUAACACAGAACAAGUAUACAUAUUUAUAUUUUAUGUCAACAUCACAAGGAUUUAUAAAAACUGUUAUGGUAUUAUUAGAAAGUACUAGUGGUUCAGGACAUUGUAUAGUUGGUUUUCGACCACGUCUAGCUACUAAUCGUAAAGAGAAAAUAGCAUUUGAUCCACUUGUUCAACAAAAUGUUUUAUAUCGUGAAUUACGCAAAAUACGUUCAUUGAAAAAAGCAGGAAGCUAAACUAUUAUAUAUGUAUAUAUAUUAGAUAAAUACAAUGUAUAGUAAUUCUUUAUUUUAUUAUAAAUAAAUAAAUUUUCACUUCAUU